CGGCUCUGACUCGGCAUGGGCUGCGCACCCAGCAUCCACGUCUCCCAGAGCGGCGUCAUCUACUGCCGCGACUCGGACGAGUCCAACUCUCCGCACCAGACCACCACCACCAUCUCACAGGGUACCGGCGGCGGAGGCGGGGGCGGGGGCGUGCUACACGGCCUCUUCAUCAAGACCGACGCCGCCGACACCAUCCCGUCCGUUAUCGCCUACCAGAGCUGCCACUCGAGCUACAACUCCCGGCGGGAGAACAGAGAGACGAGCGGUGGAGGAGGAGGAGGAGGGGGAGGAGGAGGAUGCGGCAACAGCGGCGGCGCGCACGUCCUCAUCGAGGCCGAGACGCAGACCAGUAACACCGGCGUCAAGGUGUCUUCUGCAGAAGAAUGCGUGGGGCCGAUGAGAGUGAGCCAGGAGCCCAUACAGGUCCUACUGGUCUUCGCCAAGGAGGACAGCCAAAGCGACGCCUUGUGGUGGGCCUGUGACCGCGCCGGCUUCAGGUGCAACAUCGCUAGGACGCCAGAGUCUGCAGUGGAGUGCUUCCUGGACAAGCACCAUGAGAUCGUCGUCAUCGAUGGACGUCACUCGCGCUACUUUGAGCCGGAGGUUGUGUGCCGGAUGAUCCGUGCCACAAAGCCCUCAGAAAAUGCUGUUAUUCUCGCCGUUGUGCCACAAGGGCCAUCCGGGCAGGACGAGCCGUCUGUUCUCCCUCUGCUGUGUGCUGGAUUCAGCCGAAGAUUUGUGGAGAACACCAGCGUGAUGGCCUGCUACAACGAGCUGCUUCAGCUAGAGCACGGAGAGGUGCGAUGCCGGUUCAAACUCAGGGCUUGUAACGCUGUGUUCACUGCGCUGGAGAACUGCCAGGAGGCGGUGGAGAUCACGAGUGAAGACCACAUUAUACAGUACGUAAACCCCGCCUUUGAGCGCAUGAUGGGCUACCACAAAGGGGAGCUGGUCGGCAAGGAGUUGACCGAGCUGCCGAAAAGUGACAAGAACAGAGCGGACCUUUUGGACACCAUCAACACCUGUAUUAAAAAAGGAAAGGAAUGGCAGGGGAUUUACUACGCCAGGAAGAAGUCGGGCGACAGCAUACAGCAACAAGUCAACAUAACGCCCGUCAUCGGCCAAGGAGGGAAAAUUCGACAUUUCGUCGCCAUCAAGCGACCUCACAUCGACAACAAUAACCAAGUGCACAAGCUCAAGAAGGACGACAGAAGUGGUGUAGAAUGUUCUUACUCAGAGUGCCAUUCUCUACGCCACCGUGACCGAAGGAAAGACUCCAUGGAUGCCAGGUCGCUCAGCUCCCGAAGUAGCGACGCUUCCAGUUUACAGAAUCGGAGACAUUCUUCCGUUGCCAGGAUCCACUCCAUGACAAUUGAGGCCCCCAUCACCAAGGUGAUAAACAUCAUCAACGCCGCCCAGGAGAGUAGCCCGCUAACCGUGGCUGAGGCUCUGGAUCGUGUGCUGGAGAUCCUGAGGACCACGGAGCUCUACUCGCCUCAGCUGGCCUCCAAGGAGGAUGACCCCCAUGCAAAUGACCUGGUCGGGGGGCUCAUGAAUGAUGGACUGCGGCGGCUCUCUGGGAACGAGUAUGUUUUCUCCAAAAACAACAGCCAGAGUCAGCUCGCCAUACCAAUCACUCUGAGCGACGUCCCUCAAUCCAUCGCAGACAUGCUUGCCGAUGAGGAAUGCUGGGAGUUCAACAUCCUGGACUUGGAGGCGGCUACGCAUAAGCGGCCACUGACCUACCUCGGCCUGAAGAUCUUCACGAGUUUCGGUGUGUGCGACUUUCUGAACUGCCCUGAGGCGACGCUGCGCUCCUGGUUGCAGCUCAUAGAGGCCAGCUACCACUCGUCCAAUUCCUACCACAACUCCACGCACGCCGCUGACGUGCUGCACGCCACCGCCUACUUCUUACGUAAAGAGAGAGUCAAGAGCAGCCUAGAUCAGCUAGACGAGGUGGCGGCGUUGAUAGCCGCCACCGUUCAUGACGUGGACCACCCGGGCCGCACCAACUCCUUUUUGUGCAACGCCAGCAGUGAGCUGGCCAUCCUGUACAACGACACGGCGGUGCUGGAGAGCCACCACGCCGCCCUGGCCUUUCAGCUGACUGUACGCGACGGCAAGAGCAACAUCUUCAAGAACAUUGAACGGAACCAAUUCCGGACCCUGCGGCAGGCCAUCAUUGACAUGGUGCUGGCCACGGAGAUGACGAGGCACUUUGAGCACGUCAACAAAUUUGCCAACAGCAUCAACAAGCCACUGGCGGCCAUCGAGGAGCCCAACACGUGUGGCAUGACGGGUGACUGCGAGGGUCAAGGAAACUCCCCGGAGAACCGCCUGCUGAUAAAACGCAUGUUGAUCAAGUGUGCAGACGUGGCCAAUCCCUGCAGGCCGCUGGAGCUCUGCAUCGAGUGGGCGGGACGCAUCUCUGAGGAGUACUUCGCUCAGACGGAUGAGGAGAAGAGGCAGGGGUUGCCCGUGGUCAUGCCCGUGUUUGACCGCAACACUUGCAGCAUUCCCAAGUCCCAGCUGUCCUUCAUAGACUACUUCAUCACGGACAUGUUUGACGCCUGGGACGAAAGAUUCCACUCGGGGGGACGGAGAGAAGGAAGCCUCCCUUGGGGUCCGAAUGAAGAGGAGUUGAGUUCAGGGGUUUUACCAUGUGCGCCUUCUGCCGAGGGAGGCGAGCUGCUGUGCCAAGCCUCCAUCCUUUAUAAACAGGAAAAAAAGUCACACAUGAAUGCAUUUUGGAUCAGACUUCAGCAAUAAGGAACUUUCAUUUUUUCAAAUUAAAAGGAACAGUUCACUUUUGGGGGCCUUCGCCAGCCUGCCUGGCCUCAUGGAACACCUGUCGGAGAACUACAAGUACUGGAAGACUUUGGACGAAAUGAAGUGUAAAAGCCUCCGCCUGCCUCCUCCAUCUUGAUUGCAAGCUGCCGUCCCUGCCACUUCCUGUCACACGCACUACCUUGACAUGUUGACGGAACACACGGAUUUCAUGAUCGACAUGCCUGUAAAAGACCCCUACCGUCGACAUUACGGCCCUGCCAAGUGUUCACUUACGAUGGAACACGUUUUUAAUCUUAUCUUCUUCGUUGCUCUUCACUUUUAAAGAUGGCUCGUUUUAAAGAGUCUUUCCAUCCAAUAGUGAAGUGGCGGCUUCCCUCUAGCGGCUGAAUAGAGUACUGCACCCAGAGAUAGACUUUCUUUGAGCAAGUCCAUGGGAGGAGGAUGCUAAUAACUCAACUCUGGAAAUCGAUUUCCUUGGAAUACACGCAAAUCCUGGACUGGGAAACACAAAUUGAAGGAAACACUGUGACGCAAUGAAGACCUUUUAUUUUAUUACUCAAGACUGGCAACAGUUUGUCAUUUUGGAGGGGGCUUAUUAUUACGGUUCAUUUUGAGCUUUUUGUUUUUAUUGAUGAAAUGCUCCUCACGGUGCUCUGAAGUUAAAAAAAAAAACCAACUUAAUUUACGGUAAUGUCACAAGGUUUUUGAAGGAGGUCCUGAUGAUGGAUCAACAUUGCUUAAAUAUGACAAUGUAGAAGCAAAGUUGAUGAAUCAUGUCAGAGAUUUGUUCAUCUUAACUCACCAACCUCCAUCAGAUGAUCUGGAAAUGACUUGUUUUUUAAUACCGUUAUUCAUUUGCUUUGCCUGUUUUGUAACCUUUUUGUUCCUAAUGUAACCUAGAGGAGAUGGGAAGGUUACUAGAUGGACCUCCUUCUGUCCCUAAUGUAACCUAGAGGAGAUGGGAAGGUUACUGGAUGGACCUCCUUCUGUCCCUAAUGUAACCUAGAGGAGAUGGGAAGGUUACUGGAUGGACCUCCUUCUGUCUUAAUCAGCCAGAGGAUGGAUUUGGAUGGAAACCUUAAACGCUCAUUUUGAAUAACAGAACCAACUUCCUGUUGGUGUAAUGACCAUGUGUCCCAUUACUUUUGUCCAAAAUAGUGUUGUUUUUUUUAUGCUGUCAGAGAAAUGCACCACAAGCGACAAUUAAAAUGCUGACUCAGCAUGGAAGAUAUCUCUCAGGUGUUUGGCACCUUGAAGCUCCUGAAAUCCUUUGAGGAAAGAGCCGUGAAACGCAUCCCAAACGGGAUCCCAGCUAAAGUCCACACAAACCUGCUGAGGUGAGACCACAUCCACGCACACACACACGCG